AUGAGUGGUGAUUUUGUAGCAAUAUGGCAGGUUCCUCUAUCUGAUGGUCUACAUGAUAUAAAGUUCGAACAUGGUACAGCAACCGGUAAACGUGUAAUUUGGGUAGAUGGAAAGGAAAUUCUUCGCACUGAUUGGAUGUUCAAACUGGUUGGUGAUCAGCCAUUCAAAAUUGGAGAAACACCUUGUGCAGUGAGAAUAGAACCUAUUUCAGGCUUCUCUUACCAGUAUUCACUUUAUGUAGAUGGACGUCCAUUGGAAGAAUUUACACAAAAAAGAGCAACAAGAGUGUGUACAUGGAACAUUGGUGACACACAUCGUAUUGUUUUAGAGAAAGACACACUUGAUAUCUGGGUGGAUGGGGCAAAAGUAGAAGCGACAGGUGAAUUUGUUGAUGGAGGAACUGAAACACACUUCCAAGUUGGAAACACUUCAGCUUACAUUAAAGCUGUGAGCAGUUGUAACAAAAAAGAAGGACUCAUUUACACUCUUAUUUACAACGAGCAGAUAAUACCACAAGAAACUGAAGAAAUGUUUGAAUAG